GAAUUAUUCGCGUUUCAAAUCUUUGCGCGCACUUCGAAGUCGCUAUAACACUCGAUAUCUCGAAUGAUGAAAUUUUUAUUCGCGAGUCGAGAUAUCGUUGGUCGAGGAGUAGACCAGAGUAGACGCCUGUCAGCAGGUGUGCGAUGUGUUCUUGGUGCAGUUCGUUAAACGAAAAUUAACUUAAAUUUUUUAAUAAACGUUUAUCUUUUAUGAUAAAAUUCAAUCAUGUGACAAGUGCCUGAAAAUCUAUUGGAAAAACUAGACAUGUGUAGUUUUGUGAUACGAAAUAACUUCGAUCAAAAAGGAAGGAAGAAAUCGCACGUCAACUGACAAGAAAUGCAUCCUUUCCUGACAAUUAACAUUUUGUAAUCGAAGAGCUCAAAGAAAUUUUUUACCAUGGCUCCACCGGACCCACUUACUCAGAUGAAUACCUACCGGUCGUACGUCACCAUGUUGGCCGAUCCGGGAUCCAAAGAUGAACUUAAGCUAAAGGCAGCUCAGGAACUUUCAGAAAAUUUUGAGGUCAUCAUGUGCUCUGCCCAGUACCCGGCAUUCCUGGAUCACUUGAUGAAAAUAUUUUUGAAGAUCCUCCAAGAUGGAGAACCACAUUUUAUAUCGGAAUAUAAUAUCCAACAAGUGCGUAAGCUCAUUUUAGAAAUGAUACACAGACUACCUACCAACGAGUAUCUUAGGCCCUACGUCAAACAGAUUUUGAGCUUGAUGCUCAAACUUCUUGAAACGGAAAAUGAAGAGAACAUACUAGUUUGCCUGAGGAUUAUUAUUGAGCUCCAUAAACAGUACAGACCCACGUUUAAUCCCGAGAUUCAACAUUUCUUGCAAUUCGUUAAAUCAAUCUACAGCGAACUUCCCAAACAUUUACCAAAGAUAUUCGAGCCUAGACCAGCCCUAAGGGUUAAAGAUUUGUCUGAAAUAAAUGUAGACGGUCUACUGACAGAAACGUUUACCAUAACAGCUAUUCAAAGUGAGAAAAAAGCUGCCGAUGGCACUGUUGUCACCUAUAAUUUGAUCCCGAAAGCAGUGUUAUCACUGAAAGUUCUACAAGAGUUGCCAAUAAUCGUAGUGUUAAUGUACCAAAUUUACAAGCAAAACGUUCAUCAGGAUGUUUCGGAUUUCAUACCGUUAAUUAUGACGACGAUCACGCUUCAGCCUAGUCCGCAGCACAGGGCAUCGCCAGGUUUCAACAAGGAAGUGUUCGUUGAUUUCAUGGGGGCGCAAAUAAAGACCCUAUCGUUUCUUGCGUAUAUAAUAAGGAUUUAUCAGGAUGUCGUAUCCCAGCACAGCGCCAUGAUGGUAAAAGGGAUGUUAGGUCUUUUAACCUUAUGCCCUAUGGAGGUCGCCCACCUACGUAAAGAACUGCUCAUCGCCGCCAGACAUAUACUUGCCACUGAUUUAAGAAAUAAAUUUGUUCCGCACAUGGAACGACUCUUCGACGAAGAGGUUCUUUUGGGUCAUGGCUGGACGACUCACGAAUCUCUUAGGCCGCUUGCUUAUUCUACUCUAGCUGACCUCGUUCAUCACGUAAGGCAGCUUCUUCCACUCAGCGACUUGGCAAGGGCUGUUCAUCUGUUCAGCAAAAAUGUUCACGAUCAGAGCCUACCCACAACGAUACAGACGAUGUCAUGCAAGUUGUUAUUAAAUCUUGUCGAAUGCAUAAGGCAGAGAUCUGAUGCUGAAAAUAGUAACCAGGGACGGGAACUUCUCAUGAGAAUGCUAGAAGUUUUUGUGCUGAAAUUUAAAACUAUAACGAAACUUCAGAUGCCUGUUUUAAUCGGGAAGACUAAGCAGCUACAAGGCGCGGGUACUGAGGCAAAAACGGAGGAUAAUAAACAGGCGGUCGUCGAUUUAAAUGACGAUAAAGACAGUGGAAAAUCAAAGUUCGGAUUCCCGGCAUCCCAGGCAAUGAAUUAUAACGUCGCCGAUUACAGAAGCCUCGUCAAGACACUGGUCUGCGGAGUGAAGACGAUUACUUGGGGAUGCGCAAAUUGUAAAUCAGGAGAAGUUAUACAGUCGAAACAAUUUCAACCUAAAGAAACGCUCGUGUUUAUCAGGCUUGUUAAAUGGGCCUUGCAAGCUCUGGAUAUUUACACGAUCGGACCUCCAGCUGCCGGUGCUAUCGCUCAACCGGGAAGACCUGCACAGCCCCAAACAGUGAGAACCAAAGAAGAGAAAGAGGUAUUGGAGCACUUCAGUGGAGUUUUUUCUAUGAUGAACCCUCAGACUUUUCAAGAAAUAUUUUCUACAACUAUAGAUUACAUGGUAGAAAGAAUAUUUAAAAAUUGUGCUCUUCAAAUUGUUGGGAAUUCUUUCCUGGCCAAUCCGACAACGUCACCCAUAUUCGCUACGGUCCUCGUAGAAUAUCUUUUGGAGAGGAUGGACGACAUGGGGUCUAAUGUUGAGAGGAGCAAUCUUUACCUCCGAUUAUUUAAACUGGUAUUUGGCAGCGUAUCUUUAUUUCCUGCCGAAAAUGAACACAUGCUUCGUCCCCAUCUUCACCAAAUAGUCAACCGAUCCAUGGAGCUUGCCAUGUCUGCAAAGGAACCUUACAACUAUUUUCUACUACUCAGGGCGCUUUUCCGUUCAAUCGGCGGCGGUUCACACGAUUUAUUGUAUCAAGAGUUCCUCCCACUGCUACCUAAUCUGCUGGAAGGACUGAAUAGACUUCAAUCUGGGCUACAUAAACAGCAUAUGAAAGAUUUAUUCGUUGAACUUUGCCUGACGGUUCCAGUACGUCUCAGCUCUCUACUACCGUAUCUUCCCAUGCUGAUGGAUCCCCUGGUUUCAGCGUUGAAUGGAAGCCAUACCCUGGUCAGUCAGGGUCUCCGAACUUUGGAACUCUGUGUGGAUAAUCUACAGCCAGACUUUUUGUACGAACAUAUUCAGCCCGUCAGAGCUGAUCUCAUGCAGGCGUUGUGGAGAACCUUGAGGAAUCCUACGGAUCAAGUAGCGCACGUUGCGUUCAGAGUUCUCGGAAAAUUCGGCGGAGGAAAUAGAAAGAUGAUGAUAGAACCGCAGAAACUUGAGUACAAUGACCGGGAGACGAAUUCACCCGCGGUAGUUGCCUAUUUCCACGAACCGGCAAAGCCGAUAGAUUUUCCAGUUGAAAAGGUGAUAGAAACCGCCUUUGCUGCUCUCAAAUCUAAUACAACAGACCCAUUCUAUCGCAGACAAUGCUGGGAAGUUAUCAGAUGUUAUCUCGCCGCGUCUCUUAAACUCGAUGACGACAAACUAACGCUCUACAAACUUUUUAUGCAUCCUCGUUUCAAGGAAGGAAAAAUACCUCGGCAACAAGGUCCCCGCUACAAAUGCACCGAUACCGUCGCGAGAAACGUUCAUCAAACCGCACUUACAGGACUCUUCGUUGCCGCGGCUAUCAAGGAACUACGACAUUCCGUUCUGGGAAAUAUGGUAGCUUUGGUAAGACAUUAUACUAUGGUUGCUAUCGCUCAACAAGCCGGUCCGUUUUGUGUUACUGGAAAACAAAUUCGGCUGCAAGGACUCGAUCCACUUGUGUUAAUCGAUGCUCUGGCAGUUAUCAUGGGACACGAGGAAAAGGAACUGUGUAAACCAGGAAACUUGGCGCUUGUUCUCAUACUGGAAACUGCUACGACUAUCCUGGGCUCGAGAGAACGGGCCUGCCAAUUGCCCCUCAUGGAAUAUCUUGCGGAAAGGAUGUGCUCGCUCUGUUACGAACGUGCUUGGUACGCCAAGUUAGGUGGCUGCAUCGCCAUAAAGUUCUUGUAUGAAAGAAUGGCCACCAAAUGGGUCCUCGAUCAUUUAUUCGUCUUCCUCAAGGCGCUCAUGUUUGUUAUGAUGGAUCUGACCGGAGAAGUAUCCAACGGGGCUAUAGAUAUGGCCAAAGGAAACCUGGAGAAGAUGUUACGAGUAUGUGCAAGCCCUGGAAUCAAGGACGGAAAUACGGAUCUGACCGAGGCACAGAAUAAGAGCCUCUACGAAGUUACUCAUGAGUUAGUUAGGCAAGUUACGUCCCCUCACACUAUGGUCCGCGAACAGGCCAUGGCAUCGCUUCGUCUUCUUGGAGAAAUACAAAAUAAAACUGUAACGGAAGUUAUGGAACCUCACAAAGAGGUACUUGCAGACAUGAUUCCACCAAAGAAACACCUUCUUCGGCAUCAACCAGCCAAUGCACAGAUCGGACUGAUGGACGGAAACACAUUUUGCACUACGCUGGAGCCAAGGUUAUUUACCAUUGAUCUCACCGUGAUGGAACACAAGGUAUUUUUCCAAGAACUUUUAGCAUUGAGCGAAGCCGAAGAUGCCAAUUUGAACAAAUUGCCUUGUUAUAAAUCGGUGUCGAAUUUAAUUCCGUUGAGAAAAUCGGCGUUGCGAGCGCUCGCAGCUUGUCAUUACGUGGUCGCUUGUCGUGAGAAAAUAUUCGGCGUAUUAUAUAAAGCGUUGGAAAAACCUAACUCGGAGUUACAGGAGGCUGCGUUUGAGUGCAUGAAAAAAUUCAUCGCUGGAUUCCAAAUCGAUAUGGAAUCUGUACACGCCAUAAUGCGUCCGAUGCUCCUGACCCUUGGAGACCAUAGAAAUCUCAGCCCAAAUUGUGUCAAGCGAUUAUCUUAUUUGACACAACUCUUUCCGAGCACUUUCAGUAUCACACUUUGCGAACAACUUCUGCAACAUCUUAAAAAGCUAUUGGAAAAUGCUAUUCAAGCGCGUAAGGGAGUUUCGAAGUCUGGUGAAAGUGAACAAAAAAUUGCUAUCAUUAUUGGAAUAUUCCACCAGAUACCUGCAGCCAGCCCUAAGUUUAUAGACGUUCUCUGUAGGCUCGUACUACAGACAGAAAAAUCACUUUUGGUUGAGGCAUCCAGCCCGUUCAGGGUUCCAUUGAUGAAGUUCUUGCUAAGGUACCCUGCUGAAACUUUAAAUCUAUUUUUACAUGACAAUAAUAUAAGAGAUCAGCAGUGGAGCAGAUAUCUGGAAUUUUUGAUAAAACAUAAAGAUGGAAAACCGUUCAGAGAUGUUCUCCGCAACAGCACAGCAAGACUAACAACGAUGUUACUUGCUCACUCGCAAACAAGUUCGAAUCUUACAUCAGUGGAUAAAAGUGAAUUGCAGCACCAAGCAAUCAGAAUAAUCUCAGUUCUCAUUAAAUUUGACGACCAAUGGUUCUCUACACAAGGUCAGCUCGUGGCAGCUCUGAAACAAAUUUGGUGCAACGACGACUAUCAAGCACUUCACAAAAAAGUCGACAGUGUCGAUUUUUGCCAUUGGAAAGAACCGAAAUUGAUCGUAAAAAUACUUUUGCAUUACUUCGGGCAUCGACCCAACGACAUCGAUCUCCUGUUUCAACUACUGAGAGCGACCUGCUACAGAUUCGUUCCAGAUUUUCAGUUUCUCAGAGACUUUUUGGAGAAUACUGUUGCUCAGGAAUACACCGUGGAAUGGAAAAGAAACGCAUUCUUCAGAUUUGUCGAACACUUUCCUACGAAUAAUAUGUCACAGGAAUUGAAAGCUAAAGUAUUGCAGCUGAUUAUUAUACCUUGCUUUGCGACCAGUUUCGAACGUGGAGAAGGACUGACGCUCGUGGGUGGUGCCCCUAUGCCAUACCAGGACAAUCCGGAGAAUGUCGUCUCGGUUUUUAUCAGUAAAAUUAUCGAUCCCGAUAAUCCCUUUGGAUCUGCAGAUUGCGUGAGAAUUUCUUUGCUUCAGUUCUCAUGCCUUCUCGUCGAACAAGCUUCCCAGCACAUCCAUGACGUCACUAAUAAAAAGCAAGGGAACAAACUACGUCGUCUGAUGACUUUUGCUUGGCCUUGUCUUCUCGGUAAAAAUUGCGUCGACCCAGCUACCAGAUAUCACGGGCAUCUACUACUGAGUCAUAUAAUAGCCAAGUUUGCUAUUCAUAAACGCAUAGUCCUUCAAGUUUUCCACAGCCUUCUUAAGGCGCACGCAGUUGAAGCUAGAAACGUCGUUAGACAGGCCCUUGAAAUACUAACACCGGCAAUGCCUGUCAGAAUGGAAGAUGGAAAUACAAUGCUGACGCAUUGGACUAAGAAGAUAAUUGUCGAAGAAGGUCAUUCGAUGCAACAGCUUUUCCACAUAUUGCAGCUAGUCGUUCGCCACUACAAAGUCUACUAUCCAGUUAGGCAUCACCUCGUUCAGCACAUGGUCAACUCUAUUCAAAGACUGGGCUUCAGCCCCACGGCUACCAUCGAACACAGGCGACUAGCUGUCGAAUUGGCAGAGGUCAUAAUCAAGUGGGAAUUGCACAGGAUAAAAGAUGAGGCUGAAAAUAUUGAAACAGGGGGUACGGGGACAAUGACGGGUGCUGUAAAGCGGCCAUCAACCGAGGAUGCGAUGGGUACGAAGAGACUCGCUGUGCAGGCAACAACAAGCUCCGCUACAAUUCCGUUAAUUACUCCGAAAAUCGAACCCGGUGCUACAAAGCCUAUUGAGCGUGCUCAUGCCGAUGCCGUUUUAAACUUUUUAUUACGAUUAGCUUGCCAAGUUAACGAUUCCACUACAACACCGGGCAACCCUGGAGAACAACUGUCAAGACGAUGUGUAACUUUGCUGAAAAUGGCACUGAAACCAGACGUGUGGCCUCAAACAUACGAUCUUAAAUUAGCAUGGCUUGACAAGGUUUUUGCCAGUGUAGAUAAUCCGCAGCCCAACUAUGGGAACAUUUGCACAGCUCUUGAACUCAUGACGCUCUUACUCGGAGUUAUGAAAAGGGAGCAAAUAUUAGCUAGCUGCAAGCCACUGCAACGAGGAUUAGGCGCCUGUAUCGCUAGCAGUAAUACAAAGGUAAUCCGAUUAGUUCAUGGCCUGUUGUCACGACUCAUGACGAUAUUUCCUACAGAGCCAACGUCUUCAACCGUUGCCUCCAAGUACGAAGAACUUGAUACGCUGUACACCACAGUGGGGAAAUUUAUAUUUGAUGGGCUUGCAGCAUACGAUAAAAACCCGUCUGCCGCUCCAAGUUCUUUGUUUGGUACAUUAAUGAUGCUGAAAGCAGCGUGUACUAAUAAUCAGAGUUAUAUCGACCGUCUCAUAACACCGUUUAUGAAAGUUUUGCACAGAAUGGCAAAAGAUCAUUUGCAUCCUGCUCAGCCUGAGGCUAAUCCUGUAGGUAGUGAAUUACUGAUACUUAGUUUAGAUCUGGUUAAGAAUAGAGUCGUUGUGAUGGGAGUUGAGAUGAGGAAGUCAUUUGUUGGCUCGAUCCUUGUUGGGUUAAUAGAAAAAACCCAAGAUAUCAAAGUCAUGAAGGCCAUAACUAAGAUGCUGGAGGAAUGGAUGAAGAAUAAAAAUCCCAUCGCAAUGAAUCAAGCACCGAGUUUGCGGGAGAAGUCGAUAUUAUUGGUAAAAAUGAUGCAGUAUGUGGAAAAAAGAUUUCCCGAUGAUCUUGAGCUCAACGGGCAGUUUCUGGAACUUGUUAAUUACGUUUAUCGAGAUGAAACAUUGAAAGCUUCGGAAUUGACAUCUAAAUUAGAACCAGCAUUUUUAUCUGGCCUACGUUGCAUUCAACCUCAUAUUAGAGCUAAGUUUUUCCAAGUCUUCGAUGGCUCGAUGAGGAGACGUCUCCACGAUAGAUUAUUGUACAUCGUUUGCAGUCAAAGUUGGGACGCCAUGGGACCUCAUUAUUGGAUAAAACAGUGCAUAGAAUUGCUCAUAGUCACCGCCAGUACAACGACUCAAGUGCAACUGGCUAAUCAGGACACGCUGCUGCCCAGUAUCACUUCCGUUAUCAACAUGGCUGAUAGCGAGGAGCAUAAGAAUUUCGUCAUCUACACCUCGGUUAAGGAGGAACCACGGGAUAUUUAUGAAACAAACGAUGUGAAGGAGGAUAUUUUGGACAUGGAUUUAUCCGCGGUAGAUCCAGCUUCGGUUAGCGAAGAGAUAACAUCCGUCCGGAAAGCUACUCUCCAGCAAUCGAUUGCCAAGCAAGGGGAAUUCUUAGAAGAAUCGAGAAAAAUUAGAACUGAACAACUCUUAGUAGCAACGGCUCAGCUAUGUCACAUGGAUACUAAUUUAGCAGAACGCGUUUGGCUUGACACCUUUCCGCGAUUAUGGAGCAUCCUCGACGAACAUCAGCAUAACACUUUGAUUGCAGAGAUGGUCCCAUUCAUAUGUAGCGGUACCCACGUUAUUCAGAAGGAUUGUCAUCCCAGUGCUAUUGCGACAUUUGUCGAAGCUAUGUCACAUUGUGAUCCUCCGGUUCCCAUCAGACCGGCUCUGAUGAAAUAUUUGGGUCGGUCUCAUAACUUAUGGCACAGGAUGACCCUGAGCUUGGAGCAAAUGGCGUUCGACAAUGGUAACAAUCAGUUUAAAAAUAAGAGAGAAUCAGAUUGCUACGAUUUUGAACCGGACAACAGUCCACAUGCGGAAAUAUUAGACUCUUUGUCGGACAUGUAUUCCUUACUGUGCGAGGAAGACAUGUGGUCAGGACUUUGGCAGAAGCAUGCACAUUAUAAAGAAACACUUCAGGCAACCGCUUUAGAGCAGCAAGGCUUUUUUGAACAGGCUCAAGGUGCCUACGAUGUCGCAAUGACGAAAUUUAAACAGGAUUAUAUUACUACUCCGGCCCCGUUCAAAACACAGAGAGAGGCGAUACUUUGGGAUCAACACUGGAUAAGAUGCGCCAAGGAGUUGAAUCAGUGGGAUCUUCUACUAGACUACGGUAGUAAAAAGGCGGAAAAAAAUCCGUUCCUCAUUCUAGAAAGUUCUUGGCGUAUACCCAAUUGGUCUAUGAUGAAGGAAGCCCUCGCACAAGUAGAACACAACUGCCCUAAAGAAAUGGCUUGGAAGGUGAAUUUAUAUCGUGGAUUUUUGGCCAUUUGUCAUAACGAAGAUCAGCAUCUGGGUGCGGUUGAGAGAUACGUUGAACUAGCAUCUGGAUUGUGCAUGCGAGAAUGGCGCCGACUUCCACAUAUCGUUAGUCAUAUUCAUUUGCCUCUGCUGCAAGCGGCCCAACAAAUUAUGGAAUUACAGGAGGCAAUGCAAAUUCAUCAGGGUCUUCUCCACGGCAGAAGUUCAUCGUUGCAUGACAUGAAAGCGGUAGUGAAAACCUGGAGAAAUCGACUUCCGGUUAUCGCCGAUGACCUCAGUCAUUGGUCGGACAUAUUCACCUGGAGACAGCAUCACUAUACUUUUAUUUCGAGUCACUACGAUUCCCAACAAGAUCAGACAACGAAUCAUUCGAUGCUCGGCGUUCACGCCUCAGCCCAGGCUAUCAUUCAUUUUGGGAAGAUAGCGAGGAAACAUAAUCUCUCAGGAGUCUGUCUCGACUCCCUUUCCAGAAUAUACACGAUACCCAGUGUCCCAAUCGUAGAUUGUUUCCAGAAAAUAAGACAGCAGGUGAAGUGUUACCUGCAAAUGGCUUCCGUUACUGGUAAAAAUGAACUUCAAGAAGGACUGGAAGUCAUCGAGUCAACCAAUCUCAAGUAUUUUACCAAAGAAAUGACCGCAGAAUUUUAUGCUUUGAAGGGAAUGCUCCUGUCCCAAAUAGGGCGAUCAGAUGACGCGAACAAAGCAUUUUCGGCCGCAGUUCAGCUACAUGACACACUUGUCAAGGCCUGGGCACUUUGGGGGGAUUACCUCGAACACAUUUUCACUCGUGAUGCGAGGCAAAUUUCAAUCGGUGUCAGCGCAAUAACUUGCUUCCUCCACGCUUGUAGACAUCAGAACGAAUCCAAGUCUAGAAAAUACCUUGCCAAAGUCCUCUGGUUACUCACCUACGACGAUGAUAAGUUUUCGCUAAUGGAAGCAGUUGAUAAAUACGCUGUUGGCGUACCACCGAUACAAUGGCUACCAUGGAUACCUCAGCUACUGAUGUGCCUUGUAAGGCAUGAGGGCAACGUUAUUCUAAACCUACUGAGUCAAGUUGGACGAAUGUUCCCACAAGCUGUUUACUUUUCAAUCAGAACGCUCUAUUUAACGCUGAAAAUUGAACAACGAGAAAGAUAUAAAAGUGCUGAAUUAGCUGCUGGAAAAUCUCACGAAGGUAACGAGGGGCGUACAACCGGAGCAGGUACACCACAGCAAAGUGCACCAGAAACCGGACCUAUCAGAGCAACACCGCCCAUGUGGAGGUGCUCGAAAAUAAUGCAUAUGCAGAGGGAUAUUCAUCCAACAAUUUUAUCCAGUUUGGAAGGUAUCGUUGAUCAGAUGGUCUGGUUUAGAGAAACUUGGUACGAAGAAGUUUUAAGACAACUGCGACAGGGAUUGGCAAAAUGCUAUGCGAUAGCUUUUGAAAAUCGUGGUGCCGUCAGCGAGGCUACGAUAACACCGCAUACUUUGAAUUUUGUCAAGAAACUAGUCUCAACUUUCGGAAUCGGCAUCGAAAACAUAUCAUCUUCCCAAAACGUGAAUAAUACCUUUGGCUCUGCAGCCUCUGAAUCUUUGGCACGCAGAGCGCAAGCGACUGUACAAGAUCCAGUUUUUCAAAAAAUGAAAGGGCAAUUUACAAGCGAUUUUGACUUCACAGUUCCUGGCGCUAGACUGCUACACAAUCUUAUAAGUAAAUUAAAGAAAUGGAUAAAAAUCCUGGAAGGAAAAACAAAGCAACUACCGAAGUCCUUCCUGAUAGAAGAAAAGUGCAGAUUCUUGAGUAACUUUAGCUUAAAAACUGCGGAAGUUGAAUUGCCUGGCGAAUUUUUACUGCCCAAGCAUUCCCAUUACUAUGUGCGGGUCGCUCGGUUCAUGCCACGAGUAGAAGUUGUUCAACGUCAUAAUACAGCGGCUAGACGUCUACGAAUACGUGGCCAUAACGGCCGGCUAUAUCCUUAUCUGGUAGUGAACGACGCCGGCCUUGGCGACGCAAGACGAGAAGAACGUGUUCUUCAACUCCUUAGAAUGCUCAAUCAUUAUCUUGCCAAACAGAAAGAGACGUCGCGACGCUUUCUCCAUUUUACUGUACCCAGAGUAAUCGCAGUUUCCCCGCAAAUGCGACUCGUCGAGGACAACCCGGCGUCUAUUUCACUUCUGGACAUUUACAAACAGGGCUGCACAAAACUUGGGAUUGAACAUGACGCUCCUAUAGCAAGGUAUUACGACAGACUUGCGACCGUACAAGCCAGGGGGGCUCAAGCUAGCCAUCAAGUACUUAGAGAUAUUCUUAAAGAAGUACAAACCACUAUGGUCGCCAGAACUAUGUUGCGUGAUUGGGCUGUCAAAAAGUUUCCUGCGGCGACGGAUUACUGGACAUUCAGAAAAAUGUUCACCCUGCAGCUGUCGUUAGCUUGUUUUGCCGAGUACGUCCUUCAUUUGACUCGACUCAAUCCAGAUAUGAUGUACGUGCACCAAGAUUCUGGACUUAUCAAUGUAGCGUACUUUAAAUUUGACGUUGACGAUACUUCCGGAGAGCUGGAUGCGAACCGUCCAGUUCCGUUUCGACUGACUCCAAAUAUUCUGGAAUUCCUCACUAGUACCGGAGUAUCCGGACCUCUGACCGCUAGCGCCAUAGCAACGGCUAGAUGCUUGGUGCAGCCGUCCUUCAAAGUGCAUACGAUUCUCCGAGCCAUCUUACGCGAUGAAGUGAUAGCUGAUCACAGCAAAAAACAAGAGGAUGCUGAAAACGCUUCUCAAGCACCACCGGAUAUGAAAGGUGAACUUUUAAUUACAAUGGUUACCAGAGCCGUGACCGCGAUAGUGACGAGGCUAAAUUCUCUUGCUAAUUUCGACGGUACCGACAGUAAAGUUGGGACUCUAGUGGCGGCUGCAAACAGCCAUGAUAAUCUCUGUAGAAUGGAUCCCUCGUGGCAUCCUUGGUUGUAAAAAUCAUUGGUGAGUCGAUGCAAAUACAGCUUUGUUCAAAUGUAUUUUAUAGUAUUAAGCUAAGUCAGAGUUUCCUUGAUGUUUUUUUUUUUUUUGUUGAUGAAUUUUGAACCAGGGAAACCAGGGUUAGAUGUAAAUAAUUUGGAAAAUGAACUUAAAAAUAGAGGCCAAUCUCUAUCUGAUCUAUAGUAGAAUGUAAUAUGUAUGAGAUUUGAAAUUGAUAAUUUAUUCUUCGGAAUAAUUGAAUGUAAAAUUACCUAUUUGACUUUAUCGUGUCCUUGUAAGCAGACGGUAAUGUAUCAGAGAGUAAUUAUGUAUUUGUUACUUAUUAUUAUGAUUACUAUUUUUAUAAAUAAUCAAGACCUUUCUCUCGGUAUAAGGUAUUUCUGAUAUUUCAUUUCCACAAUUCGGCAGAGCCGAGAUCAUCACAUCUUUGAUAAUAAAAGAAGAUUUAAAUUUGGGAACAAAAGAAUUCACUAUCGUUUAGGGAGAAAUGAAACUGAAACUUUCACGUCCUAAUCGAUAAUUGAUAUUCGUGAAUGAAAGACAAAAUUUUAGUAAUAUACAGUGCAUCAGAAGCUCUUGAAUUUUUCGAAAAAUAAAAAAAUAUUUCAAUAGCCACGUA